AUGUAUCUCUCCAUCUCCAGGCUCAGCUGCAGGAUGCGAAGAGAAGCUGGGAAGAACUGCAGAAAUUCCUCCACAAUGUCAACACUGAGAGGGAGAAGCUCCAGGCCUCAAACCAAGAUCUGCACAGCCAGCUGGUUGCAGUGGAGACGGAGAUGAACAACAAGAACAAGGAGAUCCAGACCAUACACAGCAGCCUGAAUGAAGCCAUGGUGUCCAAGGAGCGGCUGGAGCAGAGAGUAAUGGAGCUGAUGGAGAUGUCACAGCACAGCAUGCCUGAUGAGGUGCUGCAAGGCCGGGUUCAGGACCUUAUUAAUGAAAACCAAGGUCUUCAGCUCCAGAGCGAGACCCUGCAAGUCCAGAAUGAGGCCCUGCAGGCCCAGAUGUCUACACAGGUCACCCAUGUCUCUCACUUUGACGAGCUACAGAAGCUAUUGGCUGAGAAGGAGUUGCAGAGAAAGAGUCUGGAGGAUUCUCUAAAUGCCGAGAGGAGCGGUGGGGCCACUAGAGAAACCAGUAUGCAGGCCUUGCACAAUGAUAACAUGUCCAUGAAGGCAGAGGUUCAGAAUCUGCAGAAUCUGAUUUCUGAUCAGACUGCCUCCCAAAUAGCCUUGGACCAGUUCCAGAUGAGUGUUCGGGAAAAGGAAGACAACAUGAAAACUGUGGAGGACCUGCUGGAGAAGGGGCUGAUCGAGGUGGCCAACAAGGAGGAGGAGCUCAAGGCUGUAAGAGAGGAAAACAAGGGACUAAAACAGGAAAUGGAAGAAUUAAAGACAAUGGUAGCGGAACAGGCACCAUCAGAGUCAAUGAUGGAAGAUCUCCAGAGCAUGAUCCAGGAGAAGGAUGUGAAGCUAAAGUCAGUGGAGGAGAGUCUACAGACGGCACAGGAGAGCAGCUCUACCAGAGAGAAGGCGGUAGAGGCUCUGGAGCAGCAGUUGGCUGCCUUGCAGACAGAGAUGGAGCAGCUGAGACAGAAGGAGACAACACAAGUGUCCAGUUCUGAUGCCGAGCUCCAAAAACUCCAAGCUCAACUGGCAGCAAAGGACCAAGAGAUCCAGAUGCUGCAGGCUGAGAUGAAGGCGAGGACAAAGGCAGUGAGUGAGCAGGUGGAGCAGAUGCAGCAACAGCAGUCGCAGGCAGCAGUGCCAAGCAAAGAGCUUCUAUCAGCGUUGUCAGAGAAGGACAAGCAGGUCUCAGAUCUGCAGGCUGAGCUGGCCGAGCUGAGAGACUCCGUGGAGCUUCACAGGAAGAAGAACAACGAGCUUCGGGAGAAAAACUGGAGUGCUAUGGAAGCUCUGUCAGCCACCGAAUCCAUACUUCAAGGGAAACUCAGCAAAGCUGUCAAGGAGAACCAGACAGCACUGGAAAUGUGUCAGGCCGAGUGUCGAGAUGUUCUGCAGAGACUUCUGCCCCACGUGCCUCUGCCCAGUGAGCAGAACCACCAAGAGUGGCUUCACACAUUUGAGGGGGCAGUAGCUGAAAGCUCAGCUGCACUAUCCACCCCUGCAUCAGGGGACUCUGAGAGAGCGGCUGAGAAGCUGAAGGAAGCGGAGGAAGCACAGAAGAUCCUACAGAAAGACUGCGAGACGUACAAGAAGGUGUUGGCAGAGACGGAGGGCAUCCUGCAGCGCCUGCAGAACAGCGUGGAGCAGGAGGAGUCCCGCUGGAAGGUGAAGCUGGAGGCAUCUCAGGGAGAGCUCAAAGAGAUGAACCAGAAAGUCACACUUAUGGAUCAGGAGAUUGAGAGACUAACUGAAGGGGCCGAGUUGGAAAAUCUUAGGAGAGAAAAGCAGCACUUGGAGUCUGAGCUGGAGAGGGCAGAGCAGGAGAGCGCCACCUAUGUAACAGAGGUCAGAGAGCUCAAAGAUCUGUUGACUGAAUUGCAGACCAGACUUGAUGGCUCAUAUACAGAGGCGUUCAGACAGAAUGAGGAGCUGAAUUUGCUGAAAACCCAGCUCACUGAGACUCUGUCCAAGCUGGAGACAGAAGAGAGCGAGAGGCAAAAAGUGGCAGGUGACCUGUACACGGCCCAGCAGUCUCUUGAUCUGAUCCAGGGGGAGCUCUCCAAGGUGACGGAAAACGCUGAUGGCCUGAUAGAGAAUAGCAGUCUCUCGUCACAAACCGAAGAGAUUGACAGAAAGGAGAAAAUGACUGCAGGACUAAACCAAACAGUUAGAGAGCUGCAGCAGCUGCUACAAGGCGUCAGCAGGAAACUCACCAAGAGAGAGGAAGAGGAGGCUGACAAAGGUCUGCCCAAGGUAUAGUGAGAGGACGACAGACCCCCCCCCCCCGCAGCCACCCUGACUGCACAACAAAGACCACCUUUGCCCUUCGGUCUUAUCACUUACACCGUCACACCAUACUGUAGCACCCAGCCACCCCCCUUUCACCCAACCUCCGUCACCCCACCUGUACUGUAGGCGAGCCUCCAUCUGACUCUGGCAGAGGCGCUGGCAAACCCUCCCCCCCCCAGUCUCACUGCGGGGGGGCAGGCAGAGCUUUCUUUACUCCAAACACUCCAGACACUGUACCAAAACAAACUACUCCACUCCCACCACAUUCCUGUUUUGCAGCAGCAUCGCCAGUUAAUUUUUAUUCUAAACUUUAAGAUGACACCCAGCCUAAUUUAAACUGCGUGGCAACCAUUCCUCUGUUUGAAACGCCUGUAUUUUUCAAUGAAAUCCCUUUUUGAAUACUGCAGUAGUUUUUGUUGUUAUUUGUCUAGGGGUGGCAGUGAUACAAAUGUCCAGCUUAACGGAACAAACUUUGGGUUUUCAGUACUUUUUUUCUUAACUUAAAAGAUAUGUAUUGUUUAAAUGUUCAAGUUAGGACCUGCUGAAAUACAUGUUGAUCUGUUUGCCUCCUGACCAGAAAACUAUCAAACUGUGCAUCAUCGUGCGUUCAUAAAUUCAUAGCUCCAUGCAUACCAUGGCUUACUAUUGGGUGGGAGAAGGGAGAUCAUAAGGGGUCUGGGCAUAUCAGAAGGGUCACUACGUGAUUUUUAACUAAGGAGAUGCAUGGAUAUAUUACAUGUAGUCUGUACUGCAGCUCCAGAGAAGGCUGUGGAAAGAGAAGGCCAGGUCAACAGUGUAGAGGUUUUUAAUCCUUCUCCAACUACUUUAGGAAUAAGCGUCUCAUAUCAUCUGUAAUCAACACUCGCUAUAUUGUUGCUAAGUUCAUUAACACUGAAGAUUUCUGUUCUUUUUGUAACAGGCGAUGAUAAUAAAAGGGAUGCUUGAUAAAUCUG